UUGGUCAUUUUAUUUUGGUAACCCGGCCGUCACUCGACGUCAUAAUCCUGCGACUGUUUAUAUGCGACAUACCAUCAUGGCUCUGUUUCCAGCUUUUGCAGAAGUAGAGUGUGACAAAGUUGAUGAUUCGACGAAAGAAUUAGACUGGCUGAAUAAUAAGAGUUUUCAGACUGGAGAUGCCCUCUCUCUUCACAGUCGGUUUCUAGAGAGGAACAGUGAGAGGCUGAACGAGAAAGAAUCAAGUGUAGGCAGAGAGGUGAGCACUGAAGAGGAGCAGAAGGAAGAGGGUAAUGUUCCAUCCAAGAGGAAGAAAAAAAAGAGUGAGAAGAAGAGGAAAAAAAAGAAAAAACACAAAAAGAAGAGUGGAAGGUAUUCCAGCAGCGGUGGGUCUGACUCUGAAACCGUUUACCCCAGUGACCUUAAAAGGGAAGAAGAGGGCAGCAGACCCCAGGCUGCUCCAUUAUCAAGUCGUUUCUCAUGGUUGGACGACCUCCAGUCGCCCACAGAGCAGCCGUUCUGUGUGGACCGUAAAGCGGACACAGCUAACUGGACGUACAAGUCCCUGUACAGAGGGGAUGUAGCCAGGUAUAAGAGGAAAGGCAGCUCAUCCUUGGGUCUGGACCCUCUCAAGCAGGGAGUCAGCUGGGAGGAGUCAGAGUCAAAUAAGAGACACAAAGGCGGGGACAAGAAGAAGGCAGCAGACAGAUACUUCUCUACAGUCAGUCGCCAGCUGUUGAGGUCUGAGCCCCCUGUUCCUACAUUACCUACGAUUCCUGACUGCAGUGAUGCCAUCAGCCCCACCUCCUUCCUCCCGCUGGGUGACAAUGAGGAUAACAAAGAAGAAGAGACUGGCGUCAGAGUGCAGACAUCAUCAGCAAACCCCCUCGGUGUGUAUGACUCCUCCACGGCUCUCUGGCUGCAGGGGAAGGGACAGCAGGUGCAGACAGAGCCGCAGAAGCAGGACACACCAACGGAGAAGGCUGGGAGGACUGAAGAGUUUAACAGGCGGCUCAGAGAGCAGCCGGCAGACACACAGUUAUGGGUACAAUUCAUACGAUACCAGGAUGAGCUGACUGCAACAGUGUUUGGAAUGGAGGAGGAGCAACAGGGCAAGGACCCGUCUGAGCGCUGUAAGUCCUCCCACCGAGCAGUCCUGGAGAAAAAGCUGAGCAUUGCAGAGCGCGCUGUGGCCACAAACCCAAGCUGCGUAGCUCUGCAGCUGGAGAGGCUCAGGAUCUGCCAAGAGCUCUGGGAGCCAUCACUUCUGACUAAAGAGUGGAAGAAGCUGGUGUUCAUCCACCCAAACAGUGCCCCCUUGUGGAGAGAAUAUCUGUUGUUCACACAGAGCUACUUCAGCAACUUCACUGUGUCCAAGGUCAACUCUGCCUAUGGGAAAUGUCUCAGCACGCUUAGUGCUGUGCGGGAUGGCAGCAUGGUCUCUCACCCAGCCCUGCCAGGGAUUGAAGAGGAUAUGUUGGAUAUCUUCACUCAACAGUGUCAUUUCCUGCGACAGUCUGGUCACUCAGAAAAGGCAAUUUCCCUGUUUCAGGCUAUGAUCGAUUUUACUUUCUACAAACCUGACAGUGUACGAGAACUGUCCACCAAACAGCAGGUUGAGUUCUUUGAGCCAUUUUGGGACAGUGGGGAGGCCAGGGUUGGAGAGCUGGGGGCCAGAGGUUGGAAAGCCUGGAUGCUCCAACAAGAGCGAGGAGGGUGGCUGCAGCCCAGUGCAGAGGAAGAAGAGGAUGAGGAAGAGGACGAGGAGGAGGUUAAGGAUCGGAGCCAGCCCAGACAUACAAUCUGGUUGGAUGUGGAGUCAUCUCGGGAAGCAGCUCACUGGCUGCCUUGGCGGCCUGACAAAUCUAAGGGCCAAUCAGAAGAGGACUGUGAGGACCCAGACAGACAGGUGUUGUUUGAUGACAUCGGUCCCUCCCUCAUUUGUCUGUCUACACCAGAGCUCCAGCUCCGUCUUCUUCUCCAUUUCUUGUCAUUCCUUGGGCUGCCCAUUGACCGCGUGCUCUCUGCCACCCCCUGUCAGCCUGGUCUGCUGCUGGAGAACCUUUCAUUCCUCACUCAGGGUAAUGACCUCCGGCGUCCUCUGACCUCCCAUGACCUACCUGACCUUGGGAUCAACUCUGUAGGUCACAUGACCACUCUCCAGGGAACAAGGAAGUUUGCAGGGCUCGGGAAACAGGGCGAGACAUUUGUCACCAAUGUGUUAAAUAUGCUCCAGCCUGUCCUUCCUGCCCCCCACCGAGCCGCUCUGUCACUUAGCUGGAUGCAGUAUGAAAAAUUCAAGGUCUUACACUGCCUGCAUGGCAGCAACAAAAAGCGUCUCCGCUCUCAGGGCAAGAGAAGCAAGCGGGUUUCAAAGCAGCUGCUCAAAGAACCCGACAACCGCUCGUCGUUGGUGCUGUGGCGGGAGUACGCCCACCUGGAGUGGUUACUGGGCAACCUCGAUGAGGCUCGCAAAGUCUUCUCCACGGCCACAGUGAUGGGGGGAGCCAAAGGGCUUAAGAGCCCCAGCCUCUGUGAGCUGUAUCUGCUGUGGGCUCAGCUGGAGGUGGAGGACGGCGCAGGUGUGCAAGCAGGAGGAAUAACUGCUGUCACCGUGUCCCCAGCUGUAUGUGUGCUAACCAGGCUAGCAGAAGGAACCUGCCCAUCCUCCUCGUCAUCCUCCCAGGCCCCGUCUCCGGUUUCCAUCCUGAAAGCCAGGAAGUCGUAUGAGCAAGCGCUGACUGCGGGCUUGUCAGCCCUGGACCCAAACCUCCACAACCCUCAGGCCUGCAGAAAAGGUCAAGACGACCUGCCUAGGCUGAGGGCCCUGGUGGGCUGCUACGCCUUGUUCCAGUACCUCACCAUGGGCAUCCAAGCAGCUAACGCCAUCUACAGCCAGGCUAGAGAGACCAUGGAGGCGCUGCACCAAAAACUAAUACUUAAUAAGCAGCUCAACAGUAAUGAGGAAGCCAACCUUGCUAGCACCAGCCAUACCAGCAGCCUCCAUGUUAACAGGCUAGCUUCUGAGUGUGAGGCGUUAGCAGUGCAGCAGGCAGCGUUGCUAAGGUACCACAAUAGCAUCAGUGUGUUUCCACUGGCGACGCUGAGAGAGACAUUGACCUCUUCCCUCUCCACCUGGCCCAGUAGCGCCCCUCUCUGGAGCAUAUAUGUACAGGUAGAGAACCGUUACCAUAGUGCUGGCCGGGCACGGCGUUUUUUUCACUCUGUAACCAGGAACAACAGCAGUGUGGUACCACGCCUCUUUGCCAUUUUUGCUGAACAACAAAGGAAGCAGCUGGUGGAUGCUGCUCUGAGGUCUGGUUUCCAUGAUGCUGCCCUUCCUAUCCUGCCUGAGAAUGGCCUCAGCAACCGUGUCCGUGGACUGUUUGAAAGAACCAUAUCAACAGAGACGUGUUCUCACUGUCCUUUACUUUGGAGGAUGUACAUGCACUUCCUGUUGUCUGAUGGGCAGGUGGAUAAAGCCAAAGGAAUCUUCUACAAGGCCUUACAGAAUAUUCCCUGGGCUAAGGGUUUGUACAUGGACGGAGUGCAGCUGUUCCCUGAGCAUCUGCAGGAGUUUGUAGAUCUUAUGACAGAGAAGGAACUCCGACUCCGACUGCCUUUAGAGGAACUGGAUAUACUACUGGAGGACUGAAAACGUGUACACACACACUCUGUGAUGAAAACUCUGAUGCGUACACACAUAAGUUUCAGUGUGAAACUGUUGUGCUUCAGUGAUGUUUUUAAAGAUGGGCGUGAAGCUAUUCUUCAGACUUUGUAUAUUGCUUUAUUUUCACAGAAAACCACCAGCUCUGUGUUUUAGUACCAGAUACAGUCAAUAAAUGUGUUUCUCUGUUCUG